CAGGUCUCGGGCCCUCAGGCGGAGCGGCGGGCGCCGGACCCCCAGGCGGAGCGACAGGUCUCGGGCCCUCAGGCGGAGCGGCGGGCGCCGGACCCCCAGGCAGUGGGCUCCGAGUCAACUGGCAUGACUGCGGGCACCGGGGCAGACAUUGAAUCGUCUGGCUGGACAGCGGGCAUCGGGUCACCAGGCAUCAGGUCAUUUGGCUCGACCGCGGGCACCGCGUCAUCUGGCAAGGCAGUGGGCUCCGAGUCAACUGGUAUGACCGCGGGCACUGGGUCAGACAUUGGAUCGUCUGACUGGACAGCGGGCAUCGGGUCACCAGGCAUCAGGUCAUUUGGCUCGACAGCGGGCACCGCGUCAUCUGGCAAGGCAGUGGUCUCCGAGUCAACAGGCACGACAGUGGGCACCGGGUCAUCAGGUACCGGAUUGUCUGCUCGACAGCGGGCAUCGGGUCAUCAGGCAUCAGGUCAUUUGGCUUGCCAGCGGGCACCGCGUCAUCUGGCAAGGCAGUGGGCACCGAGUCACCAGGUA